AAAAUCAACAAAUCUUAGACUUCUGUUAUUGUCAUUAUUUUGCUAAAACAUGAUAUGUUUUGUGUUUUCAGAAAUGUUGGAGGAUCAGGCUAAAAUGAUGAAGCACCUAGAGGGAGAGAUUGAUAGGAAAAAAGAUGCCCCACAUCUUCUUAGGCCGGCAGGCAAGCCAACAUGGCCUUUGAUUGACUCUGAAUUGAAGUUGAGAGCUCAGGAUGAUAUGGCAUACAGACGUGGUGAGGACAGACAACAAUAUGAACCCAGGGCUCAGUCAGAUAUUCCCACAAUAUCAGUUGCACCGUCCCCUCUAUAUGUCUUCACAGCCAAACGAAAAACAUUACAUAAGAAGGACUUUGUUGGUUUUCUUUUCCCAAAUGAGCCGCAAACAGAACGUAUGUACAACAGGAGACCAAAUAGGGAUCGUGAAAUAUUUGGACAAUCAAAGCAAAGUGUGCCAGAGUACCUCAAUGUGUCACCUAGAAGACAUCCAGUUGGAAGGCUAUACAACAAAGACUCCACAUAUAAGACAGACUUUGAUGUACCUUUCGGUAAACAUGGUCCCCAUAACCUUGGCAACCCAAACAAAGAGCCAAUGGAACCUUACAAUCCAUUUGGUAUGGAAGGGGGCGGAGCACCAAUGGUGGAUUCUGUUGGCCAGAGAAGAACACGUAUUGCUGGAUCAAUGGGUUAUCUUGGAAGAGAGAUGUCUGAUUCAGCAAGAGCAAGGCGUGCACACAAGAGAGAGCUUCUCCAAGAAAUUGGUGAACAAGCUGCUUUUGAACGUGCAAGAAAAGAGAGAGAAAAGGCAUACAAUAGACAAGAGUUUGUUGAGGUAGCAGAUGCAAUUAGACAGAAGAAGGUUGGCUACCCACGAUUCAAUCAAAAUGGUUUGAUAUCCCAGCAUCAUCAUUUACCGCAUAUGUUCAACACUGUACCAUAUGCAGAAAGAAUGGAACAAAAGAAGUACCAUGACUUUUUAGAACGCCAAAUUGAAGACAGAAAUGCUAUGACCCGUAUAGGUCAGUUUGAGGAACAACGCCAAGCAAAAGAGCACUAUCGUACAAUAGAUGGCUUCUUUGGACGACGGGGAGGUGGUAAUGUGAAAGGUCCAGAUACCAGAAAAAUUAAUCUAGACAAAGCCAUCCAUAAUCCACAAAGCACUAGUCAGUAUUACAACAAAGUUAGAUUGGAAGAAGAGAUGGCACCGCACGAAAUUCUCAACACGUUUAAACCACGCAUAACCAUUAACAGCACACAUAAGAAUUUAUAUGAAUAUCCACAGGGCGAACUUAAGAGACAGCUCUUUUAUUAAGAGUAUUGAUGUAAGAAAUUACAUGGGACGUGUUUGAAGACAAACUACUCGGGGAGAACGCCUUACGCUGCAGAGUUUUGAAAAUAAAUUUUCCCAAACAGAUGAAUUAGAUAGGAUAUAGCAAUAAAGAUUUCAUAGCA